CAAUAAUUCAUGAUGUACCAUCAAAUGUUAACUUGUAAGUUUGUAUAGAGGAAGUCUUUCUCCAACAGUGUAGUUUAAUUGAAUAUUAGGUAUUCAUUUGAUUAACAAAAUUAAUACUCCCCUAUAUUUGAAAUGGCCACUGCAAUGCUGGCAUGUGAAGUUUGCAAUGAAGAUUUUGAUUCAAAACACCAUAAGCCGCUUUGCCUGACUUGUGGUCAUUCAUUUUGUUUCUCCUGCAUUUCAAGCUUACUUAAAAUUUCUGGAACCAAGUGCUGUCCUAAAUGCAGGAAGAAAAUUGAUAAGCCUGCUAAUGAAUUGUUGGUUAACUACAUGUUGAUUCCCUCAAAAAAUGAGGCAUGUAAAAGGAAACGAUCCACAGAAUCAGAGCGUCUCUGCUCUCAACAUGAGAGGCAUCUGGAUUACCUAUGUGUAAACUGCUGUUAAAGAAUUAAAAUUCACGUACAGUUUAUUUGCAUAACUUUAUGCAGAAUCUUUUUCGCGAUCUCCACUUGGUAAAAGCCUUAACUUUGAAAUAUCUUAAAAAUCAAUUUACAGCAUCUGUAUCAGUACACUGCAUCUGUGUCGUUGUGCCACUUUAUGCCACAUUUUCCAACCACUAUUUCACCUGGAGAAUUAAGCAUUCCAGGGCACACAGAAACUAUCUUCAGCCUCUUGUAAGAAGAUUCGCCAGUCUAUAGCGGUCCGUCACUUGUGCUGGACGUCUCAUCUGUGCUUCGCGAUUUCGUGUGGUGACGCUCUUGUCCAGUGUGGCCCUGCUUGAAGUUACUGUGGACUUCAGUUGAUGCUUCAUCUCCACUAGACUCAUCCCCCGUCAUCCUCCUGCCUUGGACGUGAGACGUGGACCGCUGGCCGUGCCCAUUCUUCGAUGCAAACACGUGGACUUCAGACGACAGCAUGUGGUGCUGUGAUCUCUUGGAACUUUGCCUGGGACUGCGGCGGGAGCACUGGCCCACUGCUUACCUUUCAGCGGCAGGGGUCCCCGCCACAGCUACCGGAUUUGGGGAGGAUACCGCGCUAUGACAUUCGUCAUACAUUUUUGAUGCGACGCACAUCGCAUAUUUCAUCGCUCAAUAAACUAUCCUUCUACCAAUCCAAUUUUUAAUCCCUAAUAAGUUUUUCAAGAACUGCAUUGAACUUGUCUGUUAUACAUGCUCAAGAGGCUUACAUGGCAAACACAAAAUUGAGGUGUUACAUGACCUCCAGAAUGCUGAUGUGGACUCGAAGGCCAAAAUACGGGCCUUACUGAUAGAAAAAAUUCAGCGACUGAAGAAAACUUCUCGGGUAUCUGGCGGUACUUUGACUUUGAUGGAUGAUAUCAUGGAUCUGAGGACUGAUGUGGCGAGAUGGGAUGGUUCUCUUCAUGACCAAAUAAUGUCAACCAGUGAAGAUCUCAAGGCUUGGGACGACUUGGCCUCCGAUGUUGGCAGAAAAAAUGGUGUCCAAUGUGAGGAAAUUCUACAUCGUCUGAAAGCAGAACCUUCAGGAAAUAUGUUACCUGAAAUCAAAAAGCUGCUGGAUUCUGCAACCCAGGCUUGUAAUUUGCUGAAGAUACAAAACACUGAGCUUGAGCUCUUGCCGAAUGGUGCAUUGUGGUUCAUCACUGGCCAUGCUGAUGGAGAGCGAGCUAUUGCAAGCUUGUUGCACAAGAGGAUGCCGAGGUGCCUCACGGUGAUAUCAACACACAGGACACCCAUCUCAGGACUGCGAAAUAUUAUUGCUGGCCUUGCCGCACAAAAUGUUGGAAACAUAUGCAUGAUGCCCAUGGCCUAAUUCUGGGAAACGCCAAAUUGCCCUAGGGAUGAAGAUAUAGGAACUAUUAUCACAGAAUUCGGAGACCAUCUCAUGGACCUGUAUGGCACUCCCGACCAAAUCCUGGCACACAGUAACAUUGGGAAGCGUGCGCCUUGCUGUGUUGGUGUUCGCCUUGCCAGCCUCAGGGAUGUAGAGCGCUGUUCUGAACUUAUGGGACCAAUUGAUGACGUUUGCUGCCUCAGGGUAGUCCCGAGGAGCACUGGCCGCUACUUGGAUAUGAUCAAAAAGAAGAUUUGUCGCUGGCACUUCCCUGACCUCCGUGACAAUGACUUGGACUGGAUGUUUGAAAUAAUUUCUUGUAGCAUGACUAAUCACAACUCUUGCCCGAGCCUGGUGCUGCCGAGGGACAAUCUUACUCACGACGGUGUUAAGCAGCUCUAUGAGACCUUGAGUAAGUCUUAUGUCAGUCCCAUGUCGUCACAGAAGAUGACCAUAUACUGCGAGCCGCACUCCAUGCUCAUGUGGUCACCAACUAGUGAGAAAAUAAAAUGUGUUGAGUUGUCAACCAUCACCAUCCUACAAUGGAAAUCAGAACUGACGGGCAAUAGGUCGACUUGUCAACGAAUGGUCUAAAGAAGCCAUCGUGGACCCGCCCUGGUCCAUGUACCGUGUAGAAUGGUUCUACCUGACCGUGGACUGCUGGGGGACGGUGAUGGAGGACCUGACAGUGGACUGCUGGGGGAUGGUGAUGGAGGACCUGGCAGUGGACUGCUGGGGGACGGUGAUGGAGGACCUGACAGUGGACUGCUGGGGGACGGUGAUGGAGGACCUGGCAGUGGACUGCUGGGGGAUGGUGAUGGAGGACCUGGCAGUGGACUGCUGGGGGACGGUGAUGGAGGACCUGGCUGUGGACUACGACUGCAGGAGAGGUUGAGGGUUGCCUUGUCUGCACAUCACCUCAACGGUCUUCCCCCGACUGUGUGGAUGUGUUCGCAGGAAUAAGUUGUCGUCGGCGGUCUGCACGAGGCUGCGGUGAAGCCCGGCGUCGUGUAUAACUCUAAACCAAGAGAGCUUUAUUCUUCAGUGGAAAUUCUUUGUUCCGCAUUUUGAUGAAGUAGUUCGUUCGAGUUGAUCGGAAAAGCGUGGCUUUAAGCACGUUCAUUUAAUUACUUUUUUUACUCAGAAGUGUUGUCAGAAUUCCCCUCUUGCUUGAAUAUUUUUUUUAUUCUCCUUUUUUGUGCCAUGUUUGGUUUGGGCCAGGUCAGGCACGUCGUUGGGGCCGAACCUUUCUUGGUGAAGAUCUUUUCGUUGUUCGCUCGAGUGGAAUUCCUGUUUUUUCUUAACGUUGUAGUCGGCCAACGCAGGCAUAACUUGUGACGUGUUAUCCUGCGUAACCUGGCCCCAUAUUUGUUUAGUUGUUACUUGUUAGUGUUGGAGGCCAUCGGAGAUACUUUUGUGAUGAAGACGUCGGUCGCUGAUGGAGGUGUAAAGCGUGUGUGGUGAAAACAAUAUCUGAUUUUGAUCUCUUAAGCUUUUUGUGAGCAUGAGGACCUUGGGCAUUGAUGAGUUAAAUUGGGCUUUUGUGAAGUGAUCUUAGUUUGCCGUCAGAGGUUACUUCGUUAAUUGUUUGUGCAAGUAGCGUGAAAAGGACUCGCCUUACGUACUAGAGAAAUUCCACUUGUUCAGUUCACAGAUUUUGUCUCGUAAUCAAUGGAUAAUUAAGUUUGUUCAGAAGCAGGCAUCCCUUCUAUACAUUUUCUGGAAUAAAAAGUUGACCAAUAAUAGAUAAUCAUUCUUACUUGUGGUAGAGUUUAGUUCACUCUCAACAAAUGCUUAUCACAGUUUCUCGUUUAAUUUCUGCAAAAAUUAUGAAGAGUUACAUUUCAAUUGAUCAGGUAUUAAUAUUAAUAAGUUGCAGCAACUUGUUAAUGUUCUUGAAAUCAUUUCUCAUCCAACCAGACUUUUGACAAAUUUGAACUUGGUUCGUCAAUCCUUUACUUUCAGUAAUUGUCUACUGGGCUCGCGUUGCGGAGCUCCAGCGUAACGUGGAUUAAAGUUCAACUUUGUGCCUUCAAAUCUUUUAUUUAUUUGAGCCUUUAAAUACAAUGGAUACUUAUUUCU